UGUGUAUAUUAAAUUUGGAGGGACUUGUGUGGUGCGUGUGUGCGCGCAGCCGAUCGUCUGGCGGUUACCUUCAGGCUGCUCGGAGGCUGCAUCUGGAGGAAAUCUCUCAGUUCAAUGUCCAGAAAACAAAAAUAAUAAAAAACACUCAGCUAAAGUCUGCAGAAUGGAUGGAUUUUAUGACCAGCAAGUGCCUUACAUGGUCACCGCUAAUCCCUGUGGGAGAAACUGUAACGAGCGACCAGCAAACGCAAACGUCAGGAAAAGAAAAUUCAUUAACGGGGAUCUGGCGCAUGACUCAGAAGAACUCUUUCAAGAUCUGAGCCAAUUACAGGAGACAUGGCUUGCAGAAGCUCAGGUACCUGACAACGAUGAGCAGUUUGUGCCAGACUACCAGGCUGAAAGUUUGGCUUUUCAUGGUCUCUCAGUGAAAAUCAAGAAGGAACCCCACAGUCCAUGUUCUGAGCUCGGCUCUGCUUGUAGUCAAGAACAGCCAUUCAAGUUCAAUUAUGGGGAAAAGUGCCUGUACAAUGUCAGUGCCUAUGAUCAGAAGCCACAAGUGGGAAUGAAGCCCUCCAACCCUCCAACUCCGUCAAGCACUCCAGUUUCACCCCUGCACCAUGCAUCCCCAAACUCGGCUCAGAAUCCUAAACCUGAUCGGGGUUUUCCUGCUCGUCUGCCUCCAGCCCAGCCUAUCCCAGAUAACAGCUUCCCUAUGGACCACAGAUUUCGCCGUCAGCUCUCGGAACCUUGCAGUUCAUUCCCUCCUUUGCCUGCAAUGCCAAGGGAAGGACGCCCAGUGUACCAACGGCAGAUGUCUGAGCCAAACAUCCCUUUUCCACCACAAGGGUUUAAGCAGGAAUACCAUGAUCCAGUAUAUGAACACAAUGCUAUGGUUGGCAGUUCAGCCAACCAAACCUUUCCCCCUCCUCUGAUGAUUAAACAAGAACCUAGAGAUUUUGCAUAUGAUUCAGAAGUGCCUAGCUGCCAUUCCAUUUACAUGAGGCAAGAAGGCUUCCUGGCUCACCAAAACAGGACAGAAGGCUGUAUGUAUGAAAAGGGACCAAGGCAGUUUUAUGAUGACACCUGCGUUGUUCCGGAGAAGUUUGAUGGAGAUAUUAAGCAGGAACCAGGAAUGUUCCGUGAAGGCCCAACAUAUCAGCGGCGGGGCUCCCUCCAGCUGUGGCAGUUUUUGGUAGCACUUCUUGAUGAUCCAUCAAACUCUCACUUCAUUGCUUGGACUGGCCGAGGCAUGGAAUUCAAGCUCAUUGAACCAGAAGAGGUGGCACGUCGGUGGGGGAUUCAGAAAAACAGGCCAGCUAUGAACUAUGAUAAACUUAGCCGUUCACUUCGCUAUUACUAUGAGAAGGGCAUCAUGCAAAAGGUCGCCGGAGAGAGAUACGUCUACAAGUUUGUUUGUGAUCCAGAAGCGCUCUUCUCCAUGGCCUUUCCAGACAACCAGCGCCCCUUGCUGAAGACUGACAUGGAGCGUCAUAUCAAUGAAGAGGACACGGUGCCUCUGUCCCAUUUUGAUGAGAGCAUGGUCUACAUGCAAGAGGGGGGCUGCUGUAAUACCCACCCUUAUAACGAAGGCUAUGUGUAUUAACUGCAGUGACACUGAAAAUGCCACCCCUCCCCCCAAUCUCCCAAGUGUUUCCUCUUUCAUGAGACCAGGAGGAAAGCUGAAUCCCCUUCAGUUGGUUUUGUAAAAAAAAAAAAAAUUAAAAAGAGAAUGAAAUAGUACUAUAAAGGGGCUUCUUCUGUUGCAUUACUCCUAUGGUCUGCCAUGGACAGUGCACUUUAUCUGAAUGGGGAAGACUGGGAUUUAAUGAUUUAUUCUAUGUAACAGGAGGAGAAGGGUGGGUCUGGUUUUGGUUUUUUUGCUUUUUUCCUUAAGAUUGGGAAGGAAACCUACAGGUUUUAAGUACAAUGAAGCUGUAUCAUGUCUGUUUUUGUUUCAUAUUGGCUUAAAAAUAUUGUACAUGUUCUCUGGGUAUCCGUAGUACAGUUAAUUCUAGAUAUGAUGAAUAACCAUUUCUACACUAUUGGGAGAAUUACCUGUCAUGGUCACUUUUCCCUCUUUUGGCACACUAUAUUCCUUGUUUUAGAAGGACAAACAAUUACUCAUGUUGCAGGAUUCAGUAGAAGCUACCACCUCUGAGCCUUUCUUGAGUGUUUUUUAAGUAGCUUUUUGAAUUAUUAUUUUGCCCUCACUUUUGGGUUUCUGCACAUCUUUAUGCUGCCUUGUAUUUUUUAAUGGCUUGUUAAGGAAGGCGUUCACUGUUGACUGAAGAGCACAAUUCAUGACUUAAAACUGCAAAUUGCAGAGUUAUAGCUUAGUUUCUUGUAUCUGGUGCCAUCUUGCUAUGCAAGUACAGCACAUCUGAUCUUUUUAGACCUUUCAAGAUCUAUCUGAGUGUAGUAAUUACAUGUGCUGGACCAUUAUGGAUUUCAUCUCAACAUUAAAUACAGGAUUGUGAUCACAGAAGAGAAGACUUAAUAGUGUCCCUCCAUUUACUUUGAUACAUAAAUAAGUUAUUUAAUCAAUAGGAAUUAACUGUACUAGGUCACAUAUCUCAUGCUGUUUAGACCACAGCAAGCACUCCUUGAGCAAAAUAUCCAAUACACUAAAUAGGUACUUUAGUAAUUUUUAGACAUGGUACCCAUUAAUAUGCAUUUAAGCCUUUUACUGCUGUGUUAUGUUGAUAACAUAUAUACAUACUUAGAUAAUGCUAAUGCUUCUGCUGCUGUCUUUUUUUCUGUAAUAUUCUCUUUGCUGAAUUUACUAUGCCCAUUUAUAAGCAAUGCUGUAACUACAGGUAGCAUUUCAGGACAAAAUAGAUGACUUGAACCAUUUAUUGCUUAGAAACAAAAUAGCUUAUGCCACAGCUGUGCUAUAAGCAGCUUUUCCGCGCAUUGAGAAAUGAACAGUAAGCUUCAGCUUGCUAAGAGGAGCUCUGUGGAAUCUUUUAUAACUCUCAGUGGAGCAGAGACUUACAUGAACCGUCAAAGAAUACAAUGAAGUUGCUGUGAUGUUGUAGUGCUGGCACUGAUGCUAUCAAUCAACUUUGUUUUAGACACUAAAUGUAAAUGUGAUCAGAUAUGGUUGGAAGACGAUUUACAGGGGUCUUUUUUGAUUUUUAAUGGUUUUUAUUUUUUUAAUUUUGAAAAGGGUAAUGUUGAAAACUAGACACACACCUUAUUCUACAUAUAAAAUUAAAAGAGAGAAAAAUGUUAUAAAUAUUUAUGAACACCUUUUCUGAAACUUUUAAGUUUCCUCGUUUGAAAAGGGGGAAAAAAUGAGGUUUGAGCUGUCCAGUGGUUAUUUUAAAAAGUGACUCCUCAUCACUACCCCCCCCACCCCACCCCCUGGCAUUUGUUCCUCAGUACUAACAACUCUGGAUGAAGGGGGAAGGGACUCGUCCAUAAUCAUUAGCCAGAGAGAUAAUGUUUCAUUGUAAAUGACAUGAUAUCAAAGAUGCCUUGAGGUGGUGAUUUACUUUGCACUCAGUGUCAGUCAGGAAACCAGUAAAGCUAUAAAUGAUUUAUUAUGCAAUUCAUUUCAAACUAACAAAUGUUGGCUACUACAAACCACAGCUGUUGGAAAAAGCACACUGGGUAUGCAUUCUAAUACACCUAGAAGCAGAAAACAAACCUAUUAGGUGCAUGUGUAUAAAUCCAGGGCAUUCUACCCCUCCACUAAGCCCAAUGCAAAACCCUUCAUCUGAUUCCUGUGGUUAUAAAUGGUGCUGGUAUUCGAAUUGGCUAGUAAGUGAACAAAAGACAAGUGCAGUUGGUGUAUGCCAGUGGCCUUCAAACUGUGUUCCAGGGAACUCUAGGGCUGCUUAGAAGAAGCCUGCCAUGGGAUUGUUAAUGAGAAAAUCUGUAAUAGGUGACAAGCUUUCCUUCAGAAGGACUUUUAUAUGAUCAUUGGGGGGUUUCCCCCCCAGUCUUUGAGGUACACAACCACAAGGUUCUCAGUUGCACUCUCCAUUUCACAGAGUGACAAUGGGGUCUGCUGUGUAUAUAAUGCACCCCCAAGAACAUGGCUAGGAAUCUUUGUGGCACAUGAGGUUCUUGGUAGUCAUUUGAAUAUGGAAAGGAGUUCCCUGAAGUAAGAAAAUAUAAAAACCCCUAGGUUAGACAGCGAAGAGAAUAGGGAGCACAAACAAAUGCUGAUUCACAUCGCUAUACUUUUUCAUUAAAAUAGAGCCCCAAUGGGUGGCCCACUUUAGUGGAAAGUUCUGUGAUAACUUUUGAUUUUGUCAAUAUCAGAGUAGAGUGUUUCUUGUCAGGAACAGAUGUAUAUUUGGUGAAUGGUGUUGGGUCAUUUGGUGGAGGGUAGGAGCCUAACAUUGAUUCAAAUGUCUAAUAUUUUAAAUAUAUAUUGUAUAAGGUAGUGAUUCACUGAACAUAAAUAAACUAUUCACCCUCCAUUGAAUGAAUUCCCAGAAAAAGCGAUACAAAUUGUUUUAUGGAAUUGAUUAGGCCUUUUGAAACUGUACCUUAAAGAGUUUAUUUCAAGUUCUGUUUUUAUUCCACAUUUUCCAGGUAGAUUAAUAAAUCUGGCAGCUGAUUUCUGAAA